GUUUAUUAUACCAUUUAGUGUUGUUUUGGUUGUGUUUUUCAUAUACAGUAUAAUAGCAUACAAUGCAAGCCAUCAAAUGUGUUGUCGUCGGCGACGGAGCUGUCGGUAAGACAUGUCUUCUCAUCAGUUAUACGACAAACGCAUUCCCCGGCGAAUACAUCCCAACGGUAUUCGACAAUUACUCGGCGAAUGUGAUGGUCGACGGAAAGCCUAUAAAUCUGGGCCUUUGGGAUACAGCCGGUCAGGAGGACUACGACCGACUCCGACCCCUUUCAUAUCCACAAACGGACGUAUUCUUGAUAUGCUUUUCACUGGUAAAUCCGGCCUCAUUCGAGAACGUGAGGGCAAAGUGGUAUCCGGAAGUCUCACAUCACUGUCCAAACACACCGAUCAUUCUCGUGGGCACUAAACUAGAUCUGCGCGACGACUCCAAGACAUUGGAAAAGCUGAAGGACCGCAAACUGGCGCCCAUUACGUACCCGCAGGGGCUGGCGAUGGCCAAAGAGAUCGGAGCCGUCAAAUACCUGGAGUGUUCGGCGCUCACCCAAAAGGGCCUGAAGAAUGUGUUCGAUGAGGCCAUUCGGGCCGUACUCUGUCCGCAACCGAAGCCGAAGCGCAAGAAAUACACGUGCGAUCUGUUAUAAUGCCUCCGAUCGCUAUCGCCGUGUGUUUUGUUGUUUGUGUCGUGUAUUUAAAUGGUGUGUCAAAAGACAAUAGUGUACUGAAGGUGUGUUUUUUUAACGGUUCCGGCCGUCGACACCACCCCAUGGGUUGUCCGCCGCAAUAAGAGAGAGAUUCAUAUUAUUAUUAAUAAUAAUAAUUAGUGUCUAAAAGUUUUAUUAUUGAUUUAUCAAAUGAUUGGUCUCUACUUCUUAUUAAUCGCUCACAUAAUUAAUUAAUUGACAAAAAACUCUCUAAUUAUACGAACAAUUGCUAAACAAAAUAAUGUAAAAUAAUCUCUUUAAUUGUCUGAUCGCCGCUCCGCUGUCCCGACGGAAGUGUUUUUUAUAUUUGUUUGACAAUUACCGUUGAUAUCGACCGCAACAACAGCUAAAACAGUACCACUACUGCUAAAGACACGCACUUUUUAUUUGUUUAAUUAAAUUGUGGUCUUAUUUAAGACACCGAAGACAUGAUUAAUUGUGUGCGAAGACUGUCUCUCUAUAUACUAAUUGAUUAUCGCUUUUAAAAAUCUCUUUUUUCUCUAAUUAUGAAUUUUAUUGUUUUGACUGAUUAUUACAUAACAAACAAAACAAAUCGAUAGAUGAAUAUAGAGUGAAAUCUCUGUUGUUUUUAUAUAUUAUAUAAACUAUAUAUUGAUAUGUUGUUAACUAUUUCUAAUUGGGUCUAUCAGUGCGGGCGGGGGUACGGCUGGUGGCCAGCAGUGGCCACCGCUUACCUCUUGCCGGACCACUGGACCGGACGUGGGAUAUAUGAGGGCUCAGUGUCUGAUAUACUUAUCAAAAAUUUCUAUACAUUUUUAGGGGUAAUCGCGUCUCAUCUCAAUAAUAAAAUCUCUCGUUUACUAAACGUUUAUAUGAACUAAAAAAUCGAUAAACUAAUAGGAUUUUAGCCGUAAUUUACUAUUAAAAUAAUAUUUGUUAAACAAAUUGUUUGACAAUAAAAUAAAUGUUUUGUUUUUCUUCACAAAUCAAAAUGAUA